AUCAAAAAUGAAGAUUGCAGCCUUACUUCUUAUACUAUGUGUAUAUGACUGCCACAACAAGGACCUACUAGUUGGCAGUACUGUAAAUAGUACACUGACAUACAUGGAGGUGGCUUAUAACAAUGCUGAUCCUGCAAAGUCUUGGGAAGAUGAUGUUAUAUACUUCUCUGGUAAGGUGGAUAAAACAAUUAAGGCCAUAAAAGUGCAGGAUCUAGAUGAAACCAAUGAAAGGGACAUUGCUACUGUCAUUGCAGGCGGAGUGGGGCAUAAUUUUGUCAACAUAAGCUUAAAGAGCGAAGUGGGAUACAGCCUUGACUAUAAGAUAGAAAUAUACUCAUAACUCAUCAAAGUUAGUAAAGUUACGACUUAACUUGUGAAUUGCUUUUUAAAACAUUUACAUACACAUUCAUAUUUUUUUCUAUGGACGAUG